UCGCUGCCAUUUUAAGUUGUUUGUUCUGGCUGCUCGUCUCGAACGCGGCUUGCCCCGAUCCCAGAGUCGCCGAGGCCGCCGCCGCUUCCGCAGCCACCGGUGGCGGGGAACGAGGCUGUGCCGCCGCGGACGCUCGUCUUCAGCUCGGCGUUCGCCGUCCGGGCCCCGCUCUCCUGCGAGCCGGAGCCGCCUGGGGAAGAAGGACUCAGCAGAUGCUUGGACUGAAAUAACUUUACUUGGGGUUGACUCGCCGACAGACCUUAGCGCAGGGCUCCCUUCCUCCCCCGCCGCGAGACCGUCCCCUCCUUCUCGUUCCCCUCUUUCUCUCUCUCGCCGCCGUCCCGUCCUCCCUCCGCCCGGGGCGCCGAGCCAGACUAUGGGUCCCAGGCGGGGGCUGCGUGGCGGCAGCAGCGCGGGCGGCCCGGCCCCAGUGCGCGCCGCAGCGGGGAUGGGGGGGCUCCGUUGGCUGCUGGUGUUCUCUUGACAUGGCUCCUGCCCGAGCUGCGAGCAGCGCCCCCGCCGCCGCCACUUCCGCCGCCGCCGCCUCCGCUCCGCCCGCGGGCUGCGGCUAAAGGGCCAUCCGCCCGCCCGCGUCGGUCCGCGACCCCGCCCUGAACCAUCCACAUUCGGGAAGCAUGGUCUGUUCCACGUGAGAGCGCUCAUCCGGAGUCCGGGCACUUCGUUUCCUUGGGGGGUGGGGUGGGCGUGCUUUAAAAAGUAAUUAAUAUUAACAACUCCUUUUCCCCCAACUGAUCCUUCCCCUUUACCCUGUCCCGCCUACUCUACCCGGGCGGGAAUUGUUUCCACGAUGAAGUAAGAGGAAACCUGAGUGAUCCAGUGUCUCCCGUGGUGCGAGUGAGUCGCUGCCGCUGAAGGCAAAGGGUGGGGGUGGGCCUGGGGGACGGAAGGCAGGUGGCCCCCGGGCACGGCCUGGAUUAGGGAGAAGAACCCGCCCCCUUUGGUUCAGCGAUGCCCGUGGUCUUGGUCGGGGUGCAGGCGUAGGGAAGGCGCGCGGGACCGACUCCCUGGUGGGCCAGGGGCGCUGUCUGAGCAAAGCCGCGGGGCUCGUUCCGUCGUGUUCUGUGCCCCUUUUCUGUGCCAUCAUGGUGCUCCUGGGCAGCAGCCUUCGCAGCCGCCUGAGGGUGGAAAUGUGGGCGCUGGGGAAGUUGGAAAUGACUCCGCUGUUUUCCCUCCUGGCUCCUUUGGGCAGCAGCUGCCCGCCCCCGGUAUACACUGUAGUUGAUUGCAGGGAAACCCUGAACCUCUCCCCGUCCUUCUCGACCGAUUUUGCACUGUUCUCUUUGCUCACCACCAAGUGUAAUCAAUAACAGCACUGACAAUACAUAGCAAUAGUGAAACCUGGAAUAACUAAGAGUUAAGUAGGUACUACAGCCAUGGGUCGGGCUGGGUAAAACCCAAUUGGAUAUUUCAGUCUCAUUCGCCUUCCCUGUUUUGGUGUUUUUGGAAGGAUAUUUUGGUGGGGUUUUUUUCUCUCGUCUUUUUUUUUUUUUUUUUUUUAAGUACUUGGAAAGCAAGGAUCACACUUCCCCCCUCCCUGUUCCUUUUCAUAAUCCCUUUUCUAAAGGGGGGAAGUCCGGAUGGGUUUUAAGGGUUGGCCUGGUGCCAGCUGUGUUUUGCACACUUAAGUCCUGGUCUUAGGCUUUUCAUUGGCCACAAAGCCUGCCUGUUGGCAGUUAAGCUAAAUGUGUUUUCCAAAAAAUUAGUUCAGUUAUUUUCUUCUCUUUCUUUCCUUCCCUUCUUUUUUCCCAUCCCACCCCAAACGUUACUAUCCAAACAUGACUGGGGAGCCCCUUUUGUUUCUUGACCCUGUGAUAUAACAUUGCCAGAAGGUGCAGUUUUGGGUUACAGUCGUGAUUUUAGCUAUUCAAUCAUAUGAGCAGGGGGGGAAAAUGACUUGUUUCUGUUGUACUUGAGUCUUAAGAAAAAGUGCCCAUAGUUUAGCGACAAUUUCCAAAGGCUUUAGUACCACCUGUAUUUCAAAAUGGGGGACCCAAACUCCCGGAAGAAACAAGCUCUGAACAGACUACGUGCUCAGCUUAGGAAGAAGAAGGAAUCACUAGCUGACCAGUUUGAUUUCAAGAUGUAUAUCGCCUUUGUAUUCAAGGAGAAGAAGAAGAAGUCAGCGCUUUUUGAAGUGUCUGAGGUUAUACCAGUCAUGACGAAUAACUACGAAGAAAACAUCCUGAAGGGUGUGCGCGAUUCCAGCUACUCCUUGGAAAGCUCCGUGGAGCUUUUGCAGAAGGACGUGGUGCAGCUCCACGCUCCUCGCUACCAGUCCAUGAGGAGGGACGUGAUUGGCUGUACUCAGGAGAUGGAUUUCAUUCUUUGGCCUCGGAAUGACAUUGAGAAAAUAGUCUGUCUCCUGUUUUCUAGGUGGAAGGAAUCUGAUGAGCCUUUUAGGCCUGUUCAGGCCAAGUUUGAGUUUCAUCACGGUGACUAUGAAAAACAGUUUCUGCAUGUUCUGAGCCGCAAGGACAAGACUGGAAUUGUGGUCAACAAUCCAAGCCAGUCCGUGUUUCUCUUCAUCGACAGACAGCACCUGCAGACUCCAAAAAACAAAGCCACGAUCUUCAAGUUGUGCAGCAUCUGCCUGUACCUGCCGCAGGAGCAGCUGACGCACUGGGCGGCGGGCACGGUGGAGGACCACCUGCGCCCGUACAUGCCCGAGUAGAGGCCGGCCCGCAGAGGGGGACGAUCCGAGCGCAGCGGCCGUUUUUCUUGUUUUCUUACCACUUUAUUCUUUCAGCGUUUAAAGGAAAUGGACUCAUGCACAGAACACUAUGCAUUUUGAAACUUGUUCAUCCUGGAUUUUUUUUUUUUUUAAAUCAUUUGUAUCUCAGAACUUUAAAAAAAAAUUAGAUGUCUCCUGCACGGACUGUGUGAAAGAAGCAGCUCUGCAUCUGCGCCGCGUCAGCAUCUGAAAAUGUGAAGCGAGAGGCCUGCGCCCCAGAUGCGCUGUCCCUGGAGGCGCCGGGUGGCACUGCCCGUGCCGGGCUUCCGUUCGUGCUGGGUUUUGCCUCUUUGACACCUGUUGUCAACAUGCGGGGGUGAGACGUGAAUGUAACGGGUGUGGCUUUGCUGUAAUCGCCCCCGUCGUUCCCGAGCGCUGCCAGGUUCGCUCUGAUGACCAGAAGUGGUUGGUAAACAAACGCAGCCACGGGGGAGAAAUCCUAAAUGAAAAAAGCGUCUCAUAGCAGGCACUCCGGCCUCGCCUUGUGCGGGCGCGUUUGUUUCCCGGUGCUCACGGAUACGCGCGUUCCAUUCCCGGGUGUCUUUCCCGGUGCCCUUGGGAAAGUGCCCGCAGCCGGGCGCUGGGCCCGCAGAGCAGGGGCGGGGGCUGCUGGGCAGAGGCGCGCUCGGAGCCGCAGGCGCCGCGACGGGCAGACGACCUUCCUUUUGGUUUUUGUUUUGUUUUCUGGUUUUAAAGAGGAGGUUUUUAUUACAAUGAAAAAAAUUCCAGUGAAUUGUGCAGAAAUACUGGUUUCUACACCAUUCUAAAAAACUUACGAGGGUUUUUUGGAGUAGAAAACGUUAUUAAAGUUGGAAUUUUAAAUUGUAAAAACAGCCAUUGAGUGUCAGUUAUAAAAGCAGAACUCA